UGAGUGAUUACAGCAUACUUUGAUGGAAUUGCAAGUCGAUCAACUAAAAUCCCAGCAAGUCGCUCUCGGCAGCUGGGCAUUUCUUUUCUCCGAAAUCAUAAACUACAAUCUCAAACGUGUCGACGGAAUAGCAGAGCUCGAGAGUAAACUCAACUGGCUGGGAUACAGAGUAGGCCAGCGCGAGCUCGAGUUGUACAAGUUUAGGCAGGAGGGCACCGCGAAGAAUCCAAGGCAGCAUACCAGCCUGAUAGAGGUCCUCCAGUUCAUACAUACCCACAUUUGGCGGUCUUUGUUUGGGAAAACGGCUGACAGCCUCGAGAAAUCUAAGGAGAAUGCAAACGAAUACAUGAUAUCAGACAACACACCAAUCCUAUCCCGCUCGAUAAGCAUACCAAAAGAUCUGAAGAACCUCUCGACCGAAUCCUUUACCUCCGGCAUCGUCGAAAGCGUUUUAGAUGGACUUAACUUCAAAUCGAAGGUGACGGCGCACUCUGUCCCGACCGAGCAAUAUCCUCAACGCACUACAAUCCUAAUAAAGCUAAUAUGAUCACUGUAUUAGGGUUAGGCUCUAUUGGCAGCCUCUUAUCAUGUAAAUUACGCUUAAAUUCAUGCCGUUUGAAUGUUAUCAGUCGUCUUAGCAGGAAUGCUGAGAUAAACUACAAGGAAUACAACGGACUCGAACACACUAUUAAAGGAUUUGAAGUACACACCGCAGAGAGUAUACCACCCAUUCAACAACUCAUUAUUGCCACCAAGGCAUCAGACGCUCUGCCAGCACUCGAAAGCGUCCGCGAUAAGCUCAAUGAGGACUCUAGUGUUCUCUUUCUCCAAAACGGCUUGGGAUAUCUCAACCAUAGCAAAUUGAAGACAUUCAACCAGCAGCUCCUCAUAUCUAACACGAACAUCGCGGCAACGUUAGUAAAUGGUAAACUCAUCGAGUCAUCAAAUGGUGGCACAUUCAAUGUCACCACUUAUACACCUUCGCAAGCUCUCACGAAGAACUCUGAGGGAUUGUUACACACGCUAGCAUCUUUGGACGGUAUAGAUGUCAAGAUGGUCGAUAAUAAAGACUUCCUAAAUACAGCACAUCUAAAACUAGUAGCAAAUUGCUCUAUUAAUGCCCUAGGAUCGAUUCAUAAUUGCAAAAACGGCGAUGUAUAUCAACUCAAUAAAGACCUAGUCGAAGGUGUGAUCAAUGAAGCGAGCACUGUUCUCUGCCUUGAUGAAAAGAGUACCCGCGAUUAUGUGUUGAAUGUCUUACAAUCGACAAAGGACAACUACAACAGUACACACAGGGAUAUAUACCAAAGAGGCAAGCGCGCGUCAGAAACUGAAAUCGAGUACAUAAACGGACAUAUACUCAGAGAAGCUGAUUUGAGAGGUAUAAAUACACCUUAUAAUAGGUACAUUUAUGAUGAUUUCAUGUGUAAAUUUAAAUAGUUUGUAGAAAAGAAAUAUAUAAACAUGAAAUAUAUAUAUAUAUUACAAUCUUCUAGAUGCAGCUAACUCUCUACACCGUCUUUCCAUCAUCUUGACCGUGAACCUAAGGUUACGCCCUUUUGUGUGACAGUUCGCUUCGAGCCAGUCCUCUAGCUUAGUUUGGAGAUUCUCGAGUUUUGAGAGAGCGGGAAGUGUCUCUUUAUGCAUGACUGGAUUGAGGAGGAAAUCGAAUACGUUUGACCAUAUCUCAUGUUGCCAAUAUCUCUUGAGGUUGUUCCUCAACUUAAUUCUACCACCACUUUCUAUAGUUUCGAUGUACUUUCCGAAAAGCAUACAAUGUAUGAUUGCGGCAACACCGAAAUAGUCAGGCUCGAAAUUCCAAGGUACCUUCUUCUUUAUUUGCCAGCAAUCUUUUUCAUCGGCUGGCCAAUCAUUGAGAAACUUACGUCCCACUGGGUUUUUAAAUGCAUCGACAUCAAUCGAUCUGCCAAAGUCGAUAAGUUUGAGACCCUUCAUUGCCCAUCCUCCUUCGCCUGAUCUUUGAUAGACAUUCGACCAGAGUUCGCCAGCGUCUUCGAGCCUUAUGAGGCAGUUGUCGAUUUUGAGAUCACCAUGAAUUAUACCGCUCUUGUGAAUACUAUUGACAGUCCUGAUGAGCUCGAUGGCGAAGAAGACUACCAAAACCUCAUCAAGACCGGUGGAAGAGCUUGAGAACCACUCUGGAGCGUGAUUGACGACAUCGAGAAGGGUACCCUGGUCAGCGUAAUCCAUACAGAGUACACUCUCGUCGUUGUAAGCGUACAAACCACGUGGGCGUACUAUAGAACGUCUUUGUCGCUCUUCAAGGCGCUGAUGAAGGGCGUUCAAAAUGUAGAACUCCCAAAUACGGGCAGGUUUCUCGAUUUUGAGCGCUACUGGUACAUCCUCAUUGGAUGCGAACUGACUUGUGAAGCUGUUAUCGAAAUUCUCCAAAUCGAGUUCAACACUCUUCUGGUUGCUCCUCUCUGAUGCUACGAAAACACUACCGAAUCCACCUUGUCCAAUUUUAGCCCUAACAUCGUAAACAUCAUCAAGGCCGUCAUAUUUAGGCAAUUUCAACGCGUAGCUCUCCUCUUCCAUCGUUCUAUUCCGACUACUGGCAGUACGUUUCUUUACGCCUUUUUCGACUUUCGACAACUCCUGUAGACUGUUCUGCGCAGUGUGGAAUGUACUCAGGUUGGAGACAUUCAAAUUCGAUCUUUUGAUAAUUGAGUCGACGAUUGUCCGUGUAUUGGCUACGCAAGGAUUUGGUGCGUCUAUCUUGCCUGAACCAGGUGAGACCGGAGCAGCAGGUGAAGGUGGUGCGGACAACUGAGCUUGCAUUUGUAGCUGUGCGACUGGCUGUGGUAUAUUGUUGCUACUCAAGUUGAACUUCAUAGUGUCUACAACCUCAACGUCUUCACCCAUCUGCUGGAGUCCACCAGGAUGGAUUGUAAAACCUUCCGGUAACUCGAAUUUACCAGUAUGUGAUGUGAUGUCAUGCUGUGUGAACUCGUCGCCUAGUUCAAAUGUCGGCAUCUGUGGUGGUUCCAUUGUAGAAGACAAUGGCUGUUGGUUUCCGAGAAUGCUGUUAUUCAUAUUUGAAUUACUGAUCAUACUAUUCUGGAGGUUAUUAUUGCUGGUCAUGCUAUUCUCUUCAUUCUCCUCCUUUAUUGUAGCCUGGAAUUGGGCAGCUGGGAAAACAGCUCGGGAUUUCUCGACUGUGUCAACCCUUGUUGUGAAUUCACAAGUGCGUUCAGUGAUAGGUGUCAUUAGGUUGAUUGGUGGAAAACGAGGUUGCUUAUUCAAAUCAUCGUAAUAUUCUUCUUGAAUUCCCUCCUCCUGAACAGUUUCCGCUGGAGGUUCUUCAGUUUCCUUCAUUUCCUCAGCUUCUUGGGGUGCUUUCAAACCGAAUGGCAUCCUCAUCGCACCUGAAGAUGACUUGACAGCGGGUGUGCUCACCGCGGCUGCGUUUUCAUCUUUGAAGACGGCAGGAGGUGGCCCUGGUGGACUCUUUGCAUCUUCUUCAUCUUCAGCUACAGCUGGCGGGACUCUAGCUGUGUGCUCAUCCGUGAACAUCAUCAUUGGCGCUGGCUUAUUCGGCGUCGGCAUAACAAGUGGUUGAGGUGCGUCUACAGAACUGUCACUAUCGCUUAAAGACGUAUUCGGUCUAUCACAUGCUAAUGGUUGGUUGAAAAGCUCCAUUACGUCGUCAAGUGCGGCUUUCGUGUUAACAGUUGGCGAUGGUGCUCGUUUACGUGCUAGGAAGAUGUUACUUAAGUGUUAUAAUCUCUAAGAAACACUCACGCUUUUCGUCAAUGCUUGGUUCGUCUUUCGGCAUCCAAUCCCAAUCAUCCGAUGAUGGCUCUGGCCACCUUUUUCCAAACAAUCCCAUUUGCUUGGCUUUUAAUUCUAAAAAACAAUAUUCGGUAUCAUCACAGUAGACUCUAUGCAAGUCUACCGCUACUCUAGGUUCGCCUUUGUUGACGCUAUCUGUAGCUUUGCUUUUUUCCUUCUUCUUACUACUACUGCUGCUGGAUGUACCAUUGCUACUACUCUUUUUCUUCUCGCUAACUACGUCCAUGUCUAAUUUAGGCGGCUGUUCGAAGUUUUUAAAAGGAUUUAGUCGAAGUUGUUCAGCUUCUGAAACUUCUGAGCUUCCCAGAUCGGCCUCUUUAGGUCCAUCGUUGGUAGCUUCGUCAUCGUCGUUGAAGUCAGAAAAUAUUGGAACUUUCUCUGCUUUUGGUGUUAUAGGUUUACCUUGUUGAAUAGUUUCACCUUUCAUUGAGGUCUUUUCGACUACAUUUUCUUUUCUUCUGUCGUCACGGCUACCGAAACGUUCCCAUGCGCCACCUGAGGCAUUCUCGCUAUCAUCCUCACUGAAAAUGGCCAUGCGGGGUGCAGCUGAGGACGAACCUGAUGCUGAGGUACUAGCAGUAGGACCUGCAACAGAGCUGCUACCAAGAAUGCCCUUUUUAGGCAAGGAACUCUGACCAGUUGAUGGUGGUGCAUUCGCCAACCUCACUUUGAAAUCCUCGUAACGCUUUUUAAGUCUCUCAGUUGGUUGUGCUUUUCUGUUUAUUCCCAACUCGUAAAUUUCUUUGGCUUUCUGGUGAUGCCCUCUAACUUCUUCUGCUGUAGCAGCUUCCUCAUAAAGCAAACCCCAUAUUGUGCCAAUAUCGUUAGCGAGGAGGAAUCUGAAUAUAUCUCUCGAUUCGUGUACGUAUUUUGAGUAAAGAAUCCAGCAUCUGAGAUAACGGACAUCACGUCCAUACCUCUCAUCGUCUUUGAAUGUACGUGUAGUACGCUCUAAAAGGGGUACGAUAUUUGAUUCAUGCGAUUCUCCAGAUGGGUAGGCUUCUAUGGCCCAUUUGAUGUAAUCAGAGUAGACCCUAAACGGAUCAUCAUCCUCUUCUGUAGCUUGUUGUAUCUGUUCUUCAAAUUUCUGAUGCUGCUCUUCCAAUUCACGCUUUCUAGAUUGACGAUCUGAUCUGAAGAUAGAAGAGAGAGUGGAUGCGGAUCUACCCUUAGCUAAUGGUUGUAUAUUCUCCUUUGAUUCGUAGAUAUCUUGUAUAUCUACAGCAUCUUCUGGCUGCUCUGACUGCUGAGGUUGCUGAUGAUCU